AGAAGGGUAACCUCAUGAAUGACUUGAGACAGUAAAUACACAAUUCUGAAUUAAAUUCGUUGUCAGUAUAACGUAACAGUUUGAACUCUUGCUCCGUCGCAGACUAAAGACGUAUGUGUGUUUAGGGCAGAAUUUACGUUGUUAUUGAAGCACGUGUUUGAGUGAUUUAAGAAGGACGCAGGGAUGGCAUCUAGCAAUCGGAGACCAGAGCAUUUGGCUCCGCCUGAACUGUUUUAUAAUGAAGAAGAGGCACGGAAAUACACUCAAAACUCCAGAAUGAUUGACAUCCAAACGAAAAUGUCGGAACGUGCUAUAGAGCUGCUGAAUCUACCAGAGGACCAAUCCUGCUUCCUUCUGGAUCUUGGUUGUGGCUCUGGAUUGAGUGGAGAUUACCUCACAGAAGAAGGUCAUUAUUGGGUCGGCAUCGAUAUCAGCACAGCCAUGUUGGAUAUCGCUCUCGAGAGGGAAGUAGAGGGAGAUCUGAUUUUGGGAGACAUGGGCCAAGGAGUUACCUUUCGACCAGGCACUUUUGAUGGCUGUAUCAGUAUAUCUGCAGUGCAGUGGCUCUGUAAUGCUGAUAAAAAGUGCCAUAGUCCACCCAAGCGAUUGUUUAAAUUCUUCUCAUCACUAUACGCGUCACUUGCACGUGGGGCCAGAGCUGUAUUCCAGCUGUAUCCAGAAAAUUCAGAACAGUUGGAGCUGAUCACUGCACAGGCAAUGAAAGCAGGCUUCACUGGUGGACUAGUUGUCGACUUCCCAAACAGCACUAAGGCCAAAAAAUUCUUCCUCUGUCUUUUUGCUGGUACUUCAGGUACUUUACCGAAGGGCCUUGGAACGGAAUCCAGUGAUAGAGAAGUACCCAACCAGAUUCGCUUUGCAAAUGAAAGAACAAGAUUCAAGUCUUUAAAAGGCAAAUCACUGAAGAAAAGCAGAGACUGGAUCCUGGAAAAGAAGGAGAGAAGGAGGCGGCAAGGAAAGUGA